AUGAGAAUAAAAUACACCACGACUUUCGCUUACUGCUUGUCCUUUCUCAUAGCUGUUUCCUACGUGUUGGUGUUGUAUGUUGUUCCCAGGUCCAGAGUAGCAGCAGGAGAACCACCAGCAACAAGAAACGACCCUAUAGCUGUGAGAACAAGAAUCAAAAAAGUGCUGAUAUUGUCGUUGUUUUGGAUUGCAGCAUUGCCAGUUAUCUUGACAUACUUCAAAGUGGUCCAUAACAUAGUCCAUGGUAUUAGUGUUUUGGGAAUAAUUCCUGGCUUGAAGUACACCCACGAUGCCUUUAUUUUCAGAAUUGAUUACGUUUUUGUGUUUAUGAACAAUACUGCUAAAAGCUUGCUUCUUGUAGUUAUUCUAUUUGCUGGUCCUCUAUUUGAUUACGUUGUUUUGCAAAAGAAUCAAUUUGGAAGAAGAACAAAUAUUAUCAGGAAUUUCUAUUUAGAAACACGCAACAUCUGGGGUUUUAGAAACGUUAUUGUUGGGCCAUUUACCGAAGAAAUUGUUUACACAAGUUGUAUAUUGGGUUGUUUGUAUCCACUAAAUAAAAUUGGGUUGGAUGUGCUAAUAUUCGUGACACCAUUAUACUUUGGUGUUGCUCACUUGCACCAUGGGUAUGAGCUUUACAGCACAAGUACCUAUAAAAAGCUGUUCAUCGUUAAAGUCUGUUUAGCCCAGUUCGCCUACACGUCUUUGUUUGGUAUUUUCACAAAUUAUGUAUUUUUAAGAAUGGGCAAUGUUUGGAGCUGUUUUGUUGUUCAUUCUUUUUGCAACUAUAUGGGAUUUCCAAGUUUCAAGCCUUCUUCAAAUAGGACCUCAAUGAAAACGGUUUAUUAUCUUUUAUUGAUAGGUGGUGCUAUUGGGUUUUUUAUGUUUCUAAAACCACUAACACACAGCAAAUUAUCACCAAUCAAAUGGCACUAG